UCAUUCUACAGCAUCUGAUAUUGACGUCUCCGAGGAAGAAAGAAAGACCACGAUGGGGUCUUUGAAGGAGGCAGCAUUAAGUGCCUCCAAUAAAUUCAGGAAUUCUUUAACAAAGAAAGGUAGAAGGAGCAGUAAAGUAAUGUCUGUGGAAAUUGAGGAUGUGCGUGAUGCAGAGGAGUUGCAGGCUGUUGAUGCCUUGCGUCAGGUACUUAUAUUGGAGGAACUGCUGCCCGCAAAACAUGAUGAUUAUCACAUGAUGCUCAGGUUCUUGAAGGCUAGAAAAUUUGACAUUGAAAAAACAAAGGAAAUGUGGUCUGAUAUGCUCCAAUGGAGGACGGAAUUUGGUACCGACACAAUUUUAGAGGACUUCGAGUUCAAGGAGCAUGAUGAAGUCCUGCAAUAUUAUCCCCAAGGAUACCAUGGAAUAGAUAAGGAGGGACGACCGGUGUAUAUAGAGAGAAUAGGCCUAGUAGAUGCUACCAAGCUCAUGCAAGUCACAACAAUGGACCGCUAUCUCAAAUACCAUGUAAAGGAGUUUGAGAGGACCUUUGAUGUUAAGUUUCCAUCUUGCUCUAUUGCGGCCAAGAAGCACAUUGACCAAAGCACAACCAUCUUGGAUGUGCAAGGAGUGGGUCUUAAAAGCUUCACCAAAGCUGCUAGGGAACUUAUCACUCGUCUUCAGAAGACUGAUGGUGACAAUUAUCCUGAGACGUUGAACCGAAUGUUCAUCAUCAAUGCAGGUUCGGGAUUUAGAAUGUUGUGGAACACUAUUAAGUCUUUCCUUGAUCCUAAGACCACAGCCAAGAUCCAUGUUCUUGGCAACAAAUAUCAGAGCAAGUUGCUUGAAAUAAUUGAUGAAAGCGAGUUGCCAGAGUUUUUGGGAGGUACUUGCACUUGUGCUGAUCAGGGAGGCUGCAUGCGUUCUGAUAAGGGUCCAUGGAAGGACCCAGAGAUCUUGAAGAUGGUUCAAAAUGGUGAACAUAAAUGCGCAAAGAAAUCUCAGGCUGAAAGCACUGAAGAGAAAACAAUUUUAGAGGAUGUGACAAUGCUCUCCAAGUCUACCCAGGCUAAUGACUCCUUGGAUGCUGAGGCAGUUCCAGAUACAGGAAAGAAACAAUCUCUUUCUUCUAAACUUUCAAGGAAUGAUAUUGAGCACCCGGAAAUCUCUCCUGUACAUGAAAAUGUCCAAAUGAGCCAAUAUGAGAAAGUUGUUCCAAUGGUUGAUAAACCUGUGGAUUUUGCUUGGCAGAACAAAGUGCAGAAUGAAAAUUUUGCUGCUCUAUCAAAAGAUUCUUAUACUAAGCAAGAAACUUACAAGGUUCCUGAUGGGCAUAGCUCUCAUCUUUUCACUGGUGUCAUGACCUUUGUUAUGGGAAUUGCCACCAUGAUCAGAGUGACACGCAACAUGCCCAUGAAGCUCACUGAUGCCAACAUCUGCUCUAGUCCUGUUUACUGUGUUGACACAGAGGUUAAGAGCCAGGAACCUUCAGGCAAGUUAUCCCCAGCAGCCAUCUCCACUGCUGAGUUGAUGUCUGUCAUGAAACGUAUGGCUGAGUUGGAAGAGAGAGUAACUGUUAUUCACAUGAAACCUACAACAAUGCCCCCAGAGAAGGAAGAAAUGUUGAAUUCUGCACUAAACCGGGCUGAUGCCUUGGAGCAAGAACUUAUGGCAACCAAGAAGGCUCUAGAAGACUCAUUUGCUCAACAGAAGGAGCUCGUGGCAUAUCUUGACAAAAAGAAGAGGAAGAAGAGGACUUUGUUCUGGUGAAGAAAGAAAUGCUGGAUGCUGCUGACAGGAAACC